GAGAGGAGGUUGACAGGCAGCUGUGCAGAGACGCCAUCUACCCGAUCCCCGUAGCCUGCGACGCUCCGUGCCCCAAGGACUGUGUGCUCAGCACGUGGUCCUCCUGGUCCUCCUGCUCGCACACCUGCUCCGGCAAAACCACGGAAGGGAAGCAGAUGCGCGCCCGCUCCAUCCUGGCAUACGCUGGGGAAGGAGGAAUUCAGUGCCCAAAUAGUAGUGCACUACAGGAAACACGCAGCUGUAACGAACACUCUUGCACUGUGUAUCAUUGGCAGACUGGACCAUGGGGACAGUGUAUAGAGGAUGCUUCUGUGUCUGCUUUCAACGCGUCUGCCAGCUGGAAUGGGGAGCCCACCUGUGCUGUUGGGAUGCAGACAAGAAAAGUAAUCUGUGUGAGAGUCAACGUGGGACAAGUGGGCCCAAAAAAAUGUCCAGAAAGUCUUCGACCAGAAACAGUGAGGCCGUGUCUGCUUCCUUGUAGGAAAGACUGUAUCGUCACUCCUUUUAGUGACUGGACAUUGUGUCCAGCUUCGUGUCAAGAGGGAGAUGUUGCUGUAAAGAAGCAGUCCCGUCAUCGGGUCAUAAUCCAGCUCCCUGCCAACGGAGGCCGGGAGUGCCCGGAUGCUUUAUUUGAGGAAAAGGAAUGUGAAACUCCUCCUGUCUGCCAUAGCUACAGAUGGAAGACCCACAAAUGGCGCAGGUGCCAGCUGGUGCCGUGGUAUGUGCGCCAGGACAGUCCAGGAGCACAAGAGACAUGUGGACCAGGGUUACAAGCAAGAGCAAUUACUUGUCGCAGACAGGAUGGAGGACAGGCUGACAUCAGUGAGUGCCUUAAAUAUGCUGGCCCACUCCCGUCCUUAACACAGACAUGCCAGAUUCCUUGCCAAGAUGAUUGUCAGUUUACAAACUGGUCAAAGUUUUCUUCCUGUAAUGGGGACUGUGGAGGAGUCAGGACCAGAAAACGCACCCUUGUUGGAAAAAGUAAGAAAAAGGAUAAAUGCAGAAAUUCUCAGCUGUAUCCUCUGAUUGAGAAUCAGUUUUGCCCCUGUGACAAAUAUAGCGCUCAGCCCGUGGGAAACUGGUCCGACUGCAUAUUACCAGAGGGCAAAGUGGAAGUAUUGCUGGGAAUGAAGGUAGCAGGAGACAUUAAGGAAUGUGGACAAGGCUACCGUUACCAGGCCAUGGCAUGCUACGAUCAGAACAGCCGGCUUGUGGAAACGUCUCGAUGCAACAGUCACGGUUAUAUUGAGGAAGCCUGUAUUAUUCCGUGUCCCUCGGACUGCAAGCUCAGCGAAUGGUCCAACUGGUCUCGCUGUAGUAAAUCCUGCGGGAGUGGCGUCAAGGUUCGGUCUAAAUGGCUCCGUGAAAAACCCUACAAUGGUGGAAGACCCUGUCCUAAGCUAGAUCAUGUCAAUCAGGCUCAGGUCUACGAGGUGGUCCCGUGCCACAGCGACUGCAGUCAGUACAUAUGGGUUACUGAGCCCUGGAGCAUUUGCAAAGUGACCAAUGUGGACCUAAAAGAGAAUUGUGGAGAAGGCGUUCAGACCAGGAAAGUCAGGUGCAUGUUAAACACCGUGGAUGGUCCUUCUGACACCGUAGAGGACUAUCUGUGUGAUCCUGAAGAGAUGCCACUUGGCGCCAGAAAAUGCACGUUACCAUGUCCUGAAGACUGUGUCAUGUCUGAAUGGGGACCCUGGUCUCGAUGUUCUUUGCCUUGCAAUGGAAGUAAUGUCCGUGAAAGGUCGGCAGAGCUUUUGAGACAACCUGAUGAAGGAAAGUCUUGUCCCGCUGCCACCGACUCAGAACCCUGCACCUUGAACAAAAACUGCUACCACUAUGAUUACAAUGUGACAGACUGGAGCACAUGCCAGCUCAGUGAGAAAGCUGUCUGUGGUAAUGGUAUCAAAACACGGAUGCUGGAUUGUGUUCGCAGUGAUGGCAAAUCAGUUGACCUGAAGUACUGUGAAGAGCUGGCGUUGGAGAAGACGUGGCAGAUGAACACUUCCUGCGUGGUGGAAUGCCCUGUGAACUGCCAGCUCUCUGACUGGUCCCCUUGGUCUGAGUGCUCGCAGACAUGUGGCCUCACAGGAAAAAUGAUCAGAAGAAGAACCAUAAAUCAGCCAUUUCAGGGGGAUGGGAGGCCUUGUCCUUCUCAGAUGGAGCAGUUCAAGCCCUGUCCAGUAAAACCUUGUUACCGCUGGCAAUAUGGCCAGUGGUCUGAAUGCAAAGUGGAGGAUGCUCAGUGUGGAGAGGGGACACGAGUGAGGAACAUCUCCUGUGUGGUUUUUGAUGGAUCUGUUGAAGAUGUUGGCAAAGUAGUAGAUGAGGAAUUCUGUGGUGAAGUAGAGCCUAUUAUAGAUGGUAAUAAGAAGAUGAUACUUGAGGAAACGUGCACCCUCCCUUGUCCAGGGGACUGUUAUUUGAGAGAAUGGUCAGAAUGGAGCCUGUGCCAGUUAACGUGUGUUAAUGGUGAGGACCUUGGCUUUGGAGGGAUACAAGUGCGAUCUCGGGCAGUCAUCAUUCAAGAUUUAGAGAAUCAACACCUCUGUCCAGAGCAGGCUUUGGAAACACGACCGUGCAAUGAUGGCCAGUGUUACGAGUACAAGUGGAUGGCGAGCGCGUGGAAGGGGUCUUCUCGAACGGUGUGGUGCCAAAGGUCAGAUGGCUUAAAUGUCACAGGGGGCUGUUUAGAGAUGCGCCAACCAGACGCUGACAGGUCAUGUAACCCACCGUGCAGUCAAGCCCACGCUUACUGUAGCGAGACUAGGACGUGCAGUUGUGAAGAUGGAUACACGGAAGUCAUGUCCUCCAAUGGCACGCUCGACCAGUGCACGCUCAUCCCAGUGGUGGUGAUCCCCACCAUGGAGGACAAAAAGGGAGAUGUGAAAACCAGUCGAGCUGUGAACCCCACGCAGCCUUCCAGUAACCAGUCAGGACGAGGAAGGACCUGGUUUCUGCAGCCUUUUGGGCCAGAUGGGAGGCUGAAGACCUGGGUUUAUGGUGUAGCUGCUGGUGCAUUUGUUUUACUCAUCUUUAUUGUUUCUAUGAUCUAUCUAGCCUGCAAAAAGCCAAAGAAGCCCCAGAGAAGACAGAACAACCGACUGAAACCAUUAACCUUGGCUUAUGAUGGAGAUGCAGAUAUGUAAAAUAUAACUUCUCAUGAUGACAAAUGGAAUCUAAACUAUUGGAUCAAAAUCAGAAGGUUAUCCAAAGCCACAAGAAUUUGCUUUGGAGUGGAUUAAGUGAUUUGACUUUUUUUUUCUUUUUUUUUGUAACUGCACCAUAGAUAAAGAAGGAUGGAUUUCAUAAUGCCUAUGGAUAUUCAAGGUAUUUUUGCUUUACUUUAGACCAUCGACACUGAGAAUUCUGGCAGAACCACUUUAAUAGACCCUGCAGUUGGAGAUAUUUGCGAUCUUUCCUCAGUCUUACAAAACUAUAAGCACCACUUCUGUCUCCAGGAUGCUGUAGCUGCCAUAGAUUUGAAAGCCCCUGCAACGUUAACUAAGUAUAACCAGUACAGCAUGAAGAGUUUGUACCAAGCUGUCUAUGACUCUUUAUAUUCAAGCAUAAGAUAUAUACUCAGAUGAACCAUGUGUAUUACUCUGUCAGAUUAUAUACAUGUUAAAGAGCAUUUUAGUGCUUAGAAAAAUAUUAACUUUUAACUGAGGUUAACCCACUAAGCAAGUUCAACAGUUUGGCAAUUGAUAACUCAUGUUAACCUGCAUUUCAGAGGGCAAUGACUCACUUGCAAAAUUCUGUCCUGUUAUCACUCCAAAGUAUCAAUGCCUCAGCUAUACAUCGAGAAGGGAGGCAUUCUCAGAUUCAGUAUUUUCUAGAGGUUCCUGUCUGGAAAAAUAAUACCCAUUGUAAAUGUUACAAUACGUUUCUACUUUCUCUAACUCAAACUGUUGCCUGCAUCUUUUUUGCUACAUGUAAGGCAAAUUUUUGCACUAUAUUAGUGCAGCAUGUUAUGCACUUAACUAGUAUUGCCAUAGAAAACCUGCCUCUGUUCAGAAAGGAUGAUGAUCUAUCUAUCUUGUGCAAGGAGUGUCAAGGAGACAGGUCUUAAUCCCUGAAGAGAGUAGAGUUCAGUCUGGACUGCACUUGG